AUGGCAGAGGAAGUUCCCAGUGCAUCCUGCACACCUGAGUGCAACGGGAACGUGACCCCAGAGAGGGGUCUGCUCCAGGUCAUUGAUAUCAUCGAUGAAGUGGCAAAAUCUGUUGGGACAGCUCCUUACACAAAUGCAGAAACUGGUCCUGACACUCCACUUACGAAAGAAACUCGGGAGGAAAACAGAAACUCAAUAGCAGAGAAGACAAUAUGUGGCAAUUCUGAUGGAGAGAAGCAAUGUGAAGAAAAGCAAGAAGAAAAUGAUGCAGCUCAACAGGACAGAUCAGCUGAUGUCCCUUCCCAGGACACAAGAACCGAUGGCCAGAAAUCUGAGGAAGGGCUGGGUGAAGCGGGGACCCCGGCGCGCGGCGCAGUGCGGCAGGAGGCGGCGGGAGCCCCGACGCCCGAGGAGCACGCGGGAGACGACGCGCAGCCGGAGGAGGGCGAGGAGGAGGAGGAGGGGGAGGAGGAGGAGGACACUGAAGAGGACGAAGUUCAGUUGAUAGAAAUCAAGAAGGAGAACAGCGAGGAGCCUUGCUGGAAGAAGCACGAAAACGGCAGGGAGGUUUCUCCUCCCGGCAGCCCCACCUGCAACGCCCGGCCUGGGAAGCCAGGGGAGCAGCCCGGCUCGGGGAAGAAAAGCGAUAUCUCCAGACACAGUUAUUCCAGGUACAACACAAUCUCCUACCGGAAGAUCAGAAAAGGAAACACCAAGCAGCGGAUCGACGAAUUUGAAUCCAUGAUGCACUUAUGAACUGAGGCGGCGUGUUCGCGUAACCAGCCGGAAGCUGGCCCUGCUCUCGGUGUCCCGGCCACCCCGUCUCCUCGCGCAGCACGGAGCCGCCGCUCUUUGCUUUCUGUGUGCGAUUC